GUUGCGCAACAGUCGCGAGGCUUGGAGCACCGUAACUUUUGGCGCCAACGCAACGAGAAACGGCAUAUAUUCGCGAUCCACGAGAAAUAGCAGCAGGAUGCCACCACGGAGAUCCAGGAAGCGGACGGCCGAGGACCCCACGCAAGCGGAUAAGGCGCCGAAGCAGAUCAAGAAGAAGCAAGGAUUGAGCAUAAAACCAGAUUUGCGGUCGCUUUCGAUUGGCGGCGUUAUGCUCGUAUUUGGACAAGGCGAUUUUGGACAGCUUGGCCUGGGAGAAGAUGUCACUGAGAAAAUGCGUCCAGCAGCCAUAUCUGAUUACACAGACAUUGUAGCUGUAGCUGCUGGUGCUAUGCAUAAUGUAUGCUUGAGAAAGACGGGAGAGGUACUGACUUUUGGAUGCAAUGACGAGGGAGCGCUUGGACGAGACACUACCAAGGAAGGAUCUGAGACGGUACCAGGUGUGGUUGAAUUACCCGGUAAAGCCAUUCAGGUGACGGCAGGAGAUUCACAUACCGCCGCAUUGUUAGAAGGUGGCCGAGUAUUCGCAUGGGGCACAUUUAGGGAUACGCACGGUUCUAUGGGACUAACGUUGAAAGGAAAUGAGCGAUUCCCCAUAGAAAUGUUACCUAACGUAAAAAUCGUCAAAAUAGCAUCAGGUAAUGACCAUUUAGUGUUACUUAGUGAAAUUGGACGUGUAUAUACCUGUGGACGCGGUGAACAAGGACAACUAGGACGAGUAGCUGCACGCACAGCAAGUAGAAAUACACGACAAGGAAUAGGUCUGCUACUGACACCCGGCGUAGUUGAAUUCAAAAUCAGGAAGAAGUUAUAUUUUGACGAUAUAUGGGCGGGAAAUUUCUGCACUUUUGCUAAGGAACACGAGAAGGGAGACAUAUAUGUGUUCGGUCUAAACAAUUUCUAUCAAAUUGGUUUGAAGGACAACGAUAUUCAUUUUCAUCCACAAAUAUCGAAAACCUUUAGUGGCAAAGUAUGGAGGCAUAUCAGCAGUGGAGAACAUCAUACCAUAGCCCUGGAUAAUGCAGGCCAAGUCUUUGUGAUGGGUCGCAAGGAAUACGGUCGCCUCGGGCUUGGACCUAAUUGCCCAGACGCGGAAGAACUUACGUUAGUUCCUGCUCUAAGUUCUACUAAAUGCAUUGACAUAGGCGCGGGAAGCAGAGAAUCUUUUGCAGUCACAGAUUCUGGUAACGUAAAAUGUGAUUUGUAUUCGUGGGGUGCGGGAACGAAUGGUAAUCUUGGAACGGGAGAUGUAAUAGAUGUCGAGGAACCAGUAUUAGUUAAGGGAAAGCAGUUGGAGGGUAAGACAGUGGUGCGAGUCAGCGGUGGUGGCCAGCACACUUUGGCUUUGGCAACAAUUCGUCCAGUGAAAGAUAAAACUGCUGGUUAAUAUUAAAUAUUAUAUUUCAAGACAUUCUAUAUGUUAUAUGAAUUUAGACAAGACCGAGAAAAAUCACUAUUUCUUAACAUUCAUGAUGUUACCUUGUCAAACUGAAUUGUGAAAAAUCUUCCCAUUAAGUCUUCAAUUUUGUUCAGGAUCCAUUUCCUUCAAAUUUGUACAUACUCUAUCACAUUGUCAUAAAUUCAUUCAUUAUGCUUACAAUAAUUAAUAUAUUGUGUUCUUAUUGUGUUGUUAGCAUUACUACUUAUUAUUAUAUAUGUAUCGCCAGAACAGACAUUUUUCUACUUACAGAGGUUUGUGUAUAAAAGUAUACAUGGAAAAAAUACUUUACACGGACAAAAAAUUAUAUUUUGAAUAAUCACAAUAAAAAUUGUUGAAUGUGAAAUAAGUAUGAUACUUUAGCCUAAUUUUUGUGCCAUUUAAAUUUAAUAAUUUAGGUAAUGUACACAUCAUUAUUUGCAUUUGAAGUUAUGUUGUAUAAAAUCUUGAAGGCUAAACUAUGUACAUGUGUUGAUCUACAUUAUAGUCCCAUAUAAAAGCUUUAUAUAUAAACAAGCAUCAAUUUCUUCAAAAGCUUUAUAAAU